UCUCUCUACUAAAGCACUAGUUUAGAAACUCAGACAGUUCUGAGCACGAGAACAAGAGACAGAAGAAGGAGAGACUCAGAGAAUCAUGAUGGUUGAGUUCAAAUGGAUUUCUUUAUUUCUUCCAGCGGUGCUUCAGUUUACAGCAGCAGCUGAAAAUCUUCCCCUCUCCUUCACUGUCAGAGUUGGAGAUGACGUCACUUUGCCUUGUGAAAAUGUGAAAGACGGUCAGAAAAACUGUGAAUAUACUAUAUGGCUCUUCAGUGGUUCAGGGAGCAGAUCAGCAGUAGCGCUGUUUGAACAUGGACAGAUUCACAAUGAAGCCAAAUCUAAAUCAGACAGACUGAGUGUUACAGAGAACUGUUCUCUGGUUAUAAAGAAGGUCACAGUCGAGGAUGUUGGUCGUUAUUACUGCAGACAGUUUAAAUCAUGGCAACAACAAGCUCCAGACUCUCUGGUUCAUCUGUCUGUUAUUACCAUGACUGAACGUAAGGACGCUGAUGAGGUGACAUUAACCUGCUCUGUGUCGACACGUGAACAGUUCUGUAGACACACAGUGAAGUGGCUGUAUGAGGGUAAAGACGUGGACAAAGAUAACAAAGACAUGAAGUCAUCACAAGACAGUGUCCGCCUCCAUGGGCACAGAGUCACUCUGUUUAAUACCACAGUCACAGACAUCCUUGACACCAUUGCCCCACUCAAGCUUAAGAGAUCUAAACUCAAAGUUCAGCCUUGGCUUAAUAGUGAGACCCGUGCCCUUAGACAGGAAUGCUGGAAGGCAGAGAGGAACUGGAAGAAGAAUAAACUGCAAGUUUACACCCAGCCCUAA